CUCUAUUUGGAGAUGAAGUUACUUUCGGACGUGGUGCUUCGGAAUUUUUGUAGCGUAUUGUUUUCUAGCACCUGAUAUCAGUUUACGUACCGUAUCAAACAAUGAAAUUUUAAGAAUGUAUCAAAGUAAACUAGAAUGACGCGCAUUUGUUGUACAUUUUGUGAUAUGUGCUUCGGAAAACCAUCUCGACUUGAGGCACAUCUGAGAAUCCACACUGGAGAGCGUCCAUAUGUGUGUAUUUGUGGUAAAAACUAUACACGGAAACAACAUUUAACUCGUCACGCUUCAAAAUGUCCCAAAACUAUUCCAGAAAACAACUUAUCUAAUCAAAAGGAGCCAGUAAGAGUCGAAAAAACCUAUUCGUGUUCACAAUGUUCUGCUGGACCUUUUCAAAAAAAGAAAAUGGUAUCGGCUCAUAUGGCUGUAGUUCAUGGCGAACGGAAGCAUGUAUGUGACAAAUGUGAUCGAGCGUUUCCUACGGCAUCUAAGCUUAAACGUCAUUCAUCAAAACAUCAUGGUUACACAUGUAAGCUGUGCUCUGAACAACUAUCUGAAAACCCUGAAGACGAAGAAUCAGUUGCUCUCAAACCCAUUCAAUUUGAAAGUUUUGCGUGUUUGAGACGCCAUAUUGCUGAAGCUCACCCCAAAACACCAAAAACUGAAUGAACAUAUGGAACGUCAUCGACUAGGCAAGUCAGUUGCUUUCAAAAGCCGAAAUAGACGUAAUUCACAUCAUGUUUCAAGUAGAAAAUUUAAUGAUAAUAAAAAUUUAUUAAUGAAUAAUAAUGAAGAUUAUUGGGAAACAGCUAGUCAAAAUAGCAUUAUAGCACUGUUAAGUGAUGUAAUUGAUUGUUCAGCUAAUCAAAUUUAUUAAUUUUUUAUGAAGUUAGUUUCAUUAUUGUAUAUAAUACUAUUUCGAACUGAAUGGAACGAGAAGAAAGGAAAACAGAUAUCCCAAAGGCCCCAAUCAGAAGCAGCGAAUUAUCGAUCGGACCAAGGACGCGUAAAACACGUGCGAGCAGCCUAGAGUCUUGAUUGGUCCUGCUUUCCGCCUAGCCUACCCAGUUAAUUCCAGAACAUCAGUCUCAGCUUCUGUAACAUGAAUCAUUAUAUUUCAAACAUACUCUGUUUAUAUACCAAUCAAACAGACCACAACGCACCAAUAAAAUAUGAACAACAUUUGUACAAGAAUUAGCCAGAUGUGGCUGUGAAUGAUAGAGGCAGUGACUAAUAGACAGGGAAUAAUUCAAGAAUGGAAAAUCAUAUAAUAACAGUUCAUAGGUUAAAAUAAAGCUUAUGAUAAGAGAGACAUGAAUAUGAAUAGUUUAGUUUAUUGACAAUUAUACGAUAAAAAUAUACGCACAGUAUUGGUCUAUCAGUAGAUCCCAAAAGUUAGCAUUCACUAUUCUUGUCGGGACAUAACAAUUCUUAAAUAAAUUCAUACAUGUAAUCAUCUUCAUCUCAUCAAAACAAACGUUUGAAAGGAAUUUUAAACGAUCAUCUUGUUGUUUUAAUAACAUUUUUAAGUGUUAUUUUAUGCUUGUAACUUAUUUACAAUAUCUAACUUUAAGUGAUCGGUUGAGAACGUUUAUCUUAAUUCUUACUAUCCGAUUAUUUUCAAAGUUACACAUUCAUUUUCAUUUCUUUAGCCUUAAAUAAUUAUUCACAAUAACUCAUUGAUUUUUAAGACGAAAAAUUCCACUUUCGUUUCGCCCCCCUGUUUUUUUCUUAUUCUUUCGUAAUCGUUUGUAAUGACCAACUCAGUGACCAAUCAUUGUAUUGUAGUUUGCCGUCGAGUCGUUGUUGAAUAUGAUCAUCACUACAAGAAGGUUGCGUACCAGAUAUCAGAAGGCGAUUGGAGGUUGUAGCGAGAUAUAUUUGUUGGCGAUCUCGUGGUAUCGAAAGAAUACCGAAAUCGUACCAAAGGAGUACAAGCGGAAUCACUGAGCAAACGUAAGUGCGUGCAAGGUCACAAUCAACGGAAGGAAGAAUGUUUUUAGUACAGUUAAACAAACAAGUACAAUAAAACAAUCACUGGUACAAUUAGUUAUAAUAAUAACUGUUUCCAUUAAA